AUGGAAGACGAGCUGCGGAAUGUGACGCAGUUUUGGAAUGUUGCAGAGUCGAUGCUGCACCAGAUUGAAGAGUACCGAGGGCUUUUGUGGCAGGAAGUCGAUGGAGUCCAGAUAGAGAUUGCCGUAAAAGCCAUGCAGAAAAGCUUGCAAAAGGAUAUAAAGAUGGAUAAGAAGACCGACGCAUACCAAGGACUACUGGCAAUGCUGCGAACGUGGGUGCAAAUUGCACCAUUAAUUACUGAACUCCGUGGGCCGUACAUGCGUGACCGUCACUGGAAUGAGCUACUUGGUCUUGCGCAAAAAUCCCUUGAAAUAUCUGAUGAAACCAAACUUAGUCAAAUCGAAGAUCUUAAUCUCCUAGCGCUGCAGGGAGCUGUUGAAGAGAUUACUGACAAGGUGGGGCGCUACACCUACGCGAAGCAAGAAGAGGCAAUCGAGAAAAAUCUGGUUCUCCUGACGAAUACGUGGGAAGCGGCCUUGUUUGUGCUUACGCCUGCGAGGGAACCUGACGUCAAUUUGUUGUCCCUCUCGGAGGAAAGCAGCGAGCUACUAGAAGAACAGCAGAUGCUGGUUCAAAACAUGAUGGUUUCCAAGUAUGUAUUAAUUCCAUGCUCGAUCGAUAUAAUCCAUGCAGAAUGUUCUGGGCUCAAUAAGGCGGUAUAUUGA